GCCUUGGAAGGUAGAAUCCACGACUUACUGCUCCUUUCAAUAUAUGCAAGAAAGAUCCCCAGCAAGCAAUCAUGGAAAGAGAUGUUUGUCUCAACAGUCAACCCGAGAGUCCCUUUCAUCCGUUGGAUUUUAUUAUCUUUUUUGAAAGCUUCCAUGAGCUAACUACUUCGUGGGAAGCAACAAUUCAUAGAAAAUGCCCUUCAUCAACCUCUUCUAAUUGUCAACCAAAAUGGCAUUCAAAAAUCUUGCAUGCUUUACCGUCGACUUAGACUUAUUAAUUCAGAGGCUAUCUAGCUAGCUAGCUUCAUUUGGAGGCUUUAAAGCAAAGCCUCAUUCUUCUGAUAUUGUUCAUUUUCUUCAAACUGAUCAUCAUCUAGCGGGUAUAGUGCUUGGCUUCCAAUUAAAACGAUGUACAAUGGUCUACUUGCCAAAAGCUUUAGUAAGCAUGAGCGGAAAAGAUUCGGAUAUGGAGCAUUUUUUGGUUGUCUGCUGAUUGCAUUGAGCAUUUGCACUGUGUUCAAGCCUUAUUUGGGUCCUCUACCCGUUUUGAACUUGAAGCUGUCUAUGGCUGCUGGUUUCAAAAUGCUGAUUAUCAGAGAUACAAGCGGCUCCCCUUCGCCAACCUUGGGGCCAAUUACUUACUUAUCAGAGAAGAAUGCGAGCAACUCCGCAUCCCCACCCUUGGAGCCAAUGACUCAGUUAGCAGACGAAAAUGCGAGCAUCUCCGCAUCACCACUCUUGGAGCCAAUAACUCGGUUAGCAGAAAAGAAUACGAGCAUCUCCACAUCCCCACUUUUGGAGCCAAUGACUCAGUUAGCAGCAGAAAAGAAUGCGAGCAACUCCGUAUCCCCAGUCUUGGAGCCAGCAACUCGGUUAGUAGAAAAGAAUGCGAGCAUCUCCUCAUCCCCACUGUUGGAGCCAAUGACUCAGUUAGCAGAAAAGAAUGCGAGCACCUCCCCCUCUCCACCCUCGGUGCCUAUGACUCAGUUAUCUGAAAAGAAUACAAGCAGCUUCCCAGAAACAGUUAAAGUUGCAGAAACCGGAAAGGAGAAAAGGGAACCUGAAAUGGAGAAAACUGAGCCUGUGGCAAAGAAAACGGAGUCUGUGAUAAAGAAAGUGGAGCCACUGUGCAAUUUCAUGAAACCAAGAGGAGAUAUUUGUGAAAUAAAAGGGGAUGUAAGAGUUCAAGGAAAAUCUUCUUCCGUUUUCCUUGUUUCAUCUCAAAUGAGCAUCUUAGCUGGAAACAAUAACUCGUGGAGUAUAAAACCUUAUGCUCGAAAAGGUGACCAAGCAGCAAUGAAUCUUGUUAGGGAAUGGUCAGUAAAAUCAGUAUUGGGUCACGAGGAAAUCCCUCAAUGCAGCAAAAACCAGAGUGUUCCAGCCAUCCUGUUUUCUCAAGGAGGAUAUUCAGGAAACCAUUUCCACGAUUUUACUGACUUGGUUAUUCCACUAUAUUUAACUUCUCGACAAUAUAAUGGAAAAGUUCAGUUUCUUAUUACCGACAAAAGACCUUGGUGGGUUUCAAAGUUCCAAGCAAUCCUUAAGAAGUUGUCGAGAUAUGAGUUGAUCGACAUUGACACAGAAGAAGAAGUUCAUUGUUUUCCAAAUGUGAUAGUUGGUCUAAAACGAAAUCAGAAAGAGUUGAGCAUUGAUUCUUCAGAAUAUUCCUACUCUAUGAGAAACUUCAGAGAAUUCUUGAGAAGUUCCUAUGCAUUAAAGAAAGCUACUGCAAUCAAACUGAGAAAUGGUCUGCGUAAAAGGCCCCGGCUUCUGAUCCUCUCAAGAAGAAGAACAAGAGCUUUUACAAACGUGGAGGAAAUCACUAAAAUGGCAAGAAGCUUGGGAUUCAAGGUAUAUGUUGCAGAGGCUAACAUGGAUGUUUCAAAAUUUGCAGAAAUUGUGAAUUCCUGUGAUGUGCUGAUGGGGGUUCAUGGAGCUGGUCUGACUAACCUUGUUUUCCUCCCCAUGAAUGCAAUUCUAAUCCAAGUAGUUCCUUUUGGGGGAUUUGAAUGGCUGGCAACAAAUUACUUUGGAGGGCCCUCAAAGGAUAUGAACUUGAAGUACUUGGAAUAUAAGAUAAGCAUAGAAGAGAGUACUCUGAUUAAAGAAUACCCCCCCAACCAUAUGAUUCUUAGGGAUCCAGUUUCAAUCCAGAAACAAGGAUGGGAAGCAUUUAAGUCAGUAUAUUUGAAUAAACAAAACGUUAAAAUUGAUGUGAAUAGGUUUAGGCCAACUUUGUUGAAAGCACUUGAGCUUCUGCAUCAAUAGAAGUUGCAAUUCACUGGGAUACCAA